AUGGCGGACGAGGCGAUUGCAAACCAUUACCAGGUCCUGGAGGAACUCGGCCGUGGCAGCUUUGGAGUAGUUUACAAAGGUAUUGAAAAGGCCACUGGGGAAGUUGUUGCCAUUAAACAUAUCGAUCUCGAAUCCACAGAAGAUGAUAUUCAAGAUAUCCAAGCUGAGAUUUCAGUACUCAGCACUUGCGCAAGUUCACAUGUGACCCAGUACAAGGCCAGCUUCCUCCGCGGCAGCAAGUUAUGGAUUGUCAUGGAGUAUCUGGGUGGUGGUUCAUGCUUGGAUCUGCUCAAGCCUGAGCCAUCCGUGUUCAACGAAACCCACAUUGCAAUCAUCUGCCGCGAACUCCUCACCGGUCUAGAAUAUCUCCAUGCCGAAGGCAAGAUACAUCGCGACAUCAAAGCCGCCAAUGUCCUAUUGUCAGAGAGCGGCAAGGUCAAGUUAGCCGACUUCGGUGUGGCAGCUCAGCUCACUAACAUCAAGUCGCAACGUAACACCUUUGUUGGCACACCGUUUUGGAUGGCACCGGAAGUCAUACAGCAAUCUGGCUAUGACUUCAAGGCAGACAUCUGGUCGCUCGGCAUCACAGCUCUGGAGAUGGCCCUGGGAGAGCCACCACAUGCGAACUUACACCCUAUGAAGGCCCUCUUCCAGAUCCCCAAGAACCCGCCACCGAGGCUUGAGGGCAACUUCACUAGGGACUUCAAGGAUUUCAUCACUCAAUGCUUGAUGAAGGACGCCGAUCGACGACCAUCCGCAAAGGACCUGUUGAAGCAUCGCUUCAUUAAACAUGCUGGCAAGGUAGAGGCUUUGCAGGAGCUGAUCCAGCGCAGACGAAAUUACGAAGCCACCAGUAACAAGAAGAAAGGCCGAAGUUUCUACCAGGAAACGUUACACACCCUGUCACCCAGGGACGAGGAGGAUGAAUGGGUAUUCGACACAGUCCGAUCAGUUGCGCCUAAGAAAGCAACAGUCCGGUCACGAAAGCCAUCAUCUAUCUUCUCAACCGAGGAGGCGUUGCGCAGACUGGACAUUAAGGAUGCCCCGCUGCAGCCGUCAUCACCAGCUCCGUCGACUGUUCGCAAGUCAACUAUGCGCAGACAGCUGUCAUCGGUACAUGCGUCGGGGACAGGUGCGCGAGGGCCGCCUGGGCCAGCAGUUAGGAAGCCGCUGCAGCCAGAUAUGUCGUUCGGAAACGCUGGCUCUUCCCAGCGUCUCUUCCGACGAGUGCCUUCGGAUAGCUCUAGCUCGGGACAGGUGACUUGGGAUGCUUCUGACGCACCUGCCAACGAGAACAGACAACCUUACUUCGUGGAAGCUAACAGCAAGGAGUCGAUCCUCGGCCGUAGACUCUAUUCGAAGGCUGUCGAGCCGACACUGGCGGAGUUGCACGCCCAGACGUCAGCCCAUGCCAAGAGAGAGGCGCUGGCAAAGCUUUCCGAUGCAUUUGCCGCUCUCGAUGCUGUCGACCCGGAAGGGGCGUAUCACUUGAUGCAGAAUCUUGUCGCCUCCAUAUCGCAAGACAACAGGUUGUCUAACGCCAUUAUGCAGGAUUCAACCCCGGUCAAAUCCAUCGACAACACGGAACCACAGGGUACGGUGAUCAUUAAGAGCACACCGACCCACCAAAGCCAGAGUCCCACGAAAUUGGUUAUAGCGUCGAGCAACCCUCAUUUGAAGAGUCACCGCCGACGACAAGGAAGUUCAGUUAGCGAUGCCAUCAGCAGCCCUGAAAAGACUGGGGACAAGGAAAAAGCUGCGCUUGUAGCCAAAUAUCCAGGCCGCGAGGCACAGCCAGGCAUGGAGCAUUGCAAGCAGUUGUCCGACGUGUUGUAUGGUCGUUGGGUAGACGGCCUCCGGCUGCGCUGGCCCGCUGCCUGA